CUCUGAACUCUCUGCAUCUCGCCUACACCUUCUCCUUCCUUCUCCUGUAUCAAUGGAAGGAACUCCGGUCGUGACACAAACUCCAAUGUCGCAAGACACGCCGACCUCCCCAAGGCGACCACCGACGGCCACACCAUCCGGCACAGGGGCCUCAGGCCAGAGCCCUCCCUCCCUGUCUCCACACGUUUCCGUCGUCGCUGGCGGCCGUGCAGGCAAGGUGCUCGACGAAAUGCCUCCUGACACGCCAGGGCUCGUCGUCGCAGCUCCCGAGCCGCAGCGGCGGUCUUGGGCGGACGUCCCGCUGGACAUCCUCGGGAUCGUGGCCGGCCGCCUCCCCUGCGUCGAGGACCGCGCCAGGAUGCGCUCCGUCUGCGCCGCCUGGCGCGCGGCGGCGCGCCUCCACCGCCCGCCGCCGCCGCCGCUCCCCCUGCUCGUCCACGCGGACUUCGCCUUCUCCAGCUUCUCCCCCGACGGGGCCACGACGGGCACGCGUCGCGUCCCGCUGCCCGUGGGAGUGGCGGCCGACGACGUCCGGUGCGUGGGCUCGUUCGAGGGGUGGCUCGCCGGCGUGCGGCCGAACAAAGGUCGCUACUUUGGCGAUGCUGAGUGCUUCCUGAUGAACCCUUUCUCCCGGGACGUGCUCCGUCUCCCGCCUCCCUCCGCGUCCUCUCAUUUCGUCGACGCCUACAGUAGAUCCCUCCCCAUCAUCGGCGGCUCUGGUGUGCUUGAGUGCACAAUCAACGCCGCUCAGUACGUGAUGUCGUUCUGCAAGGUGAUCUUGUCCUCCUCGCCUGAUUCUGGGUCCAAAUGCAUUGUGGCUGCCUUCUCUGUGCAUAGGAACGGAGCCAAGCUCGCUCUCUGGCGGCCCGGGAUGACGUCGUGGUGCGUGUGCCUUGGUGGCUGCAUCAGCAAGUUCAGUGACAUUACCUUCUACCAGGGCAAGAUUUAUGUGCUCAGCGAGCUCACCACAAACCUCUUUGUCGUUGAGACAGCAGAUGACGACGACUCUGGGCUGAUGGUUUCUCGUGUCGAGCGUUGCGUGGCCGAGCGGCCUGAGAUCAAGGGUAGCUACACACAGAGGUGGAACUUGGUAGAAUGGCAUGGAAAAUUGUUGCUCAUCGCCAGACACUUAGGUGGCGGUGAAGGCUGGCACGAUAUUUGCAAGGUUGGAGUAUAUAUGGUGGAUUUAAGCACUAAACCUCUUCAAUUCACUGAGAUUAACACCUUGGAUGGCGACUGUAUCUUCAUCAGCCCGUGCAGCAGCAAAUCGUUUGAUGCGUCGGAGUAUGACGGGGUGGAAGGCAAUGUUAUCUACUUCAUCGAUGGCUAUCUCUGCCAUGCUAAAAAUGGUCCCCCGUUUGAUAAGUUCAUGUACAACUUGAGCGAUGGUACAUUUGCGCCAUUUGCUGCAGAUUUAUCAGAGUGCAACUUUCAGGCACCAGAUGGCAAGCCGAUGAGUCAAACGUGGUUGUUUCCUUCUGAAUGAACUGCGGCACAGCAACUCCGAUGUUAAUGAAUCUUUAAUGAAUCACAGAAGCCCUGAUGCUGCUUGGCGCAAGGACCCUGGUGUUUGCUUUUCAAGAACUGAAAAAGAAAAUCUAGUGUAUGUUGUUGUCUGAUUUGUGAUUAUUAUGAUGCUUGCCGACUUGAACUGUUUCAGUACUUCGUUUUCAAAUUUCCAUUUGGAUCAUCAGUUGAUUCACAUUUGUGGGAAUCAGUAGUUAAGUGAGCAGUGGUUCUUCAUAUUAACUGGACCGUAAUGGUUCUGCAAUGCCUCUGUAACACUUCCUCUACUAUCCUCUUCCGGUUCUUUGGGUAUUUCUGUCACUGGACUAGACAUUUGUAUAGUGGUUAAUAUAGCUUGUGGAGUGUUAUGUCUUCUAGCUUGAUUCAAUGGAUUUCAUGGUAUUAUUA